GCAGCUCUUCCCUUGUCCUGUAGUUGGUGUCCAGAGACAAGUAUGAAGCUCCAUUUGGUAGUGAUGGUGGUGACGGUGGUGGCGACAAGUGGUAGAUCCUCCAUUUCUGAGUUCCAAGGCACCAAUAAAUCCCAGUUUGCCAUAUCUUGUCCAAACGAUGCUGACAUCCGCCCCUGUGAAUGCACUGUUUCCUUAGACGGCUUCUCAUUGGAUAUGGAUUGUUCAAAGGUGCAGGACGAAGAUCAGCUUGAAGCAGUAUUCCAAGCUGAUUUUCCAACCAGUGCUUUCCGCCGAUUCACAAUUCAUCAGAACAAACAGCUGCGAAUCCUUCGUGACGGCACUUUCAAACUUGUUACUUUCGAAGAGAUAUGGAUCACUGAUGGAAUCUUGGAAAAGAUUGAAGAUGCUGCCCUUUCUAACAGCGCCUCCACAGCACGUAGUUUAAUUUUCAAUAUUAAUAAUAUCUCCGUCUUUCCUUUCUCUACCUUGAACAAUUUCAAGGAGCUUUUGUCUCUCGAUUUGAGGGUAAACAACUUGCAAGGAUUUCCAAAGCUCACUUCCUCAACCCUUCAGGUCCUAUACCUCUCACAUAAUCCUCUUGGCGGCCUCCCUGUUGACGCUUUCGCUGGCACACCGUCCAUAAUUGACCUCCAUCUUUCCAAUACUGAAAUCCCACAGAUCCUUCCAGGAACUUUAGAAGCUCUCCCCAACCUACGCAAUGUUGGCCUUGGCAACAACCAUCUAAAGGAGUUGGCGCAAAAUUCUGUGCAGUGCAACAGUAAUACAGGUUUGGUGGAUCUUGGUUACAACGAGUUGCGAACAGUACAUCCCAACGCCUUCCCAGACCGAAAAAAGGCAAGUUGCCAGUUUGUGCAAUGUGAAGCUCACAUCGGCUGGAAUUCUAAUCGCGAGUGUCGUUGACUGUAGAUCCAUAACACACCAUGGUCUCUCUAGUAUCAGUGUCAGAGGGGGAGGGUUGGGCGUGAAUGUUGAUUGAUGUUUCUUUCUGUUUUAAUUAAAAGGUUUCAUUAAAUUUUUGGGUAUUGAUUCAAAGCUGGUAUUGAAAAUUCUUUUGAUUUGAUUAAGUUUAUUGAAGUUGAAUUUAGUUUUGAUUUUGAUGAUUAAGUUAGAUGAUAAUUUUAUUUUAUGUUUUAUUUACUUGUUGUUAGUUAUUGAGAUUAAAGAAAUGAAUAUAGUAGCUGCCACCAGCCAUGGCUUUCUGCCUUUUUUUCUUUUUUAUCUUGCUUUAUAUGGUAGCGUUUUAGCCGGAGGUCUAUAAGACAAUGAAAAACUCCUGGACAACCAGACUGAGUUUUAUUGAUAUUAGCUUCUAAAUAACAAAUAAAAUUUUCAAAUGAU